AGCCAAACCAUAUAAGGUCUUGAGACCCUCGUGAGAUCGAUAAUGAUGUCACUUUGAGGACAUUACCGGGCCUCACCGAGCUCACAUAGUUCAUACACCGCACUGAGGUGGAACCUGACGAAGUAUCAACAACACAACCAUCUACCACUCACUCACCUUCUCACUUAUCACCGCAACACCACCCAUCCCCCACAACCACAACCACCGCCACUGCAACACAGCAGAGAAAACAUCACCACCAUCAUGUCGAUGAAGGCCCUCGUCACCACGGGAGAGAAGACGGCCGUCGUCAAGACCGACGUGCCCAUCCCCAAGCCCCGGCCUGGCGAGAUCCUGGUCAAGGUGCACUAUGCGGCACAGAACCCGACGGACUGGAAGGGCAUGGUCGGCGCCAAGGCCGGCAAAGUACUGGGGUGCGACUUUGCAGGCACCGUCGCCGACGCCAACGGCACGUCCAUGUGGCCGGUCGGCCAGCGAGUCGCCGGCUGGGUGCACGGCAACACAGUCGACCCGCCGCGGGGCGCCUUUGCCGAGUAUCUCACCACGGAGCCCUCGCUCGUGUUCCCCGUGCCCGACAACGUCAGCCUCGAGGCGGCCUCGACGGUGAGCCUGGCCGUGGCCACGGCAGUCCAGGCGUUGUUCCAGCGUCUCCAGCUCCCACAACCCGGGUCUUCUUCUUCAUCUUCAUCGGACAACAAGAACAAGAUCCCCGUGCUCAUCUACGGCGGCACCUCCUCGGUCGGCCUCUACGCCGUGCAGCUCGCCCGCAUGGCCGGGCUAUACGUCAUCGCGACCGGGUCCGCCAAGAACCACUCGCUCCUAAAGUCACUAGGCGCCGACGAGACGGUCGACUACAACGACAGCAACUGGGUCGAGACGGUGCGCAGCCUCACCAACGACAACCUACAGCACGCCCUCGACACCAUCUCCGAGGGCGGCACCAUUGAGAAGGUCGCCAGCGCCAUGUCGACCACCAAGGGCGGCCACGUGGUGUGCCUGCUGCCCGUCAAGUCCGCAAAGGCCAACCUCGAGGGCACCGACGUGGGGAGGCGGGUCAAGAUCGAGUCGACCAUCGCGUACAGCGUGUUUGAGAAGCCGCUCGAGGGGUACGGGUCGUUUGACAACCAGGGCGGCGUGACCACCGAGGACCGCCGGUUCUGGGAGGGCCAGCUCAAGCACCUGCCCGAGUGGCUCGGCUCGGGCAAGCUCAAGACCAACAAGGUCACCAUCCUCGGCGGGCUCGAGGCCAUCCCCGAGGGAUUCCGGAUGCAUAGCGAGGGCAAGGUCCGGGUGGAGAAGCUCGUGUACAAGAUUGCGUGAGGAUUCGGGGGAGACCAAGAGGAAAAGAGUGACCGACUACCUUGUUCUCCAUCAGGGUAGAGUAAAAGCGAAUUGACAUUACUUUCAACGAAGCAUCAUCGUGCUG